GAUUUGAUGAUUGAGGAUUCAGGCUCUUCCUCAUCAUUGGCUUUUGUUAUCCCAGUAUUACUGAUCUGUUACAAGCUCCUAUGUUUGCUGAAACAUGCCAAAACGCUUUUCUACGGUUCUGGCAAAAUAAAAAUGUUAACGGCAUUUGCUACAACUGGAUUUGCAAAACGGAUUUCAUGAGAGCGGAUGAGCAGGUUUGGACUCAAACCCUGGGACAAGGAGAACUGCUGUUGGUUGGAAGAAGUGAUGAGGACUCAGCAAGGAUUCAGGAAUUAUCAGGGGAGAUUCUAUUAUUUCUUCCAGAAAGCUCUUUAAAACAACUGUUACUCCCUUACUCAUGUUACAUGGAGCCUGGGAUUGAAUUGAAAAAUGAUGACCAAUAGAGUAUGGAUCCCACACCUUACAAACUCUCCCUCACUCAUUGUCAUGGUGGGUCUCCCAGCCCGAGGGAAAACAUACAUAUCAAAGAAACUCACUCGCUAUUUCAACUGGAUUGGGGUCCCCACGAAAGCAUUUAAUGUUGGGCAGUAUCGUCGUGACCUGGUGAAAACCUACAAAUCCUUUGAAUUUUUCCUUCCCGACAAUGAAGAAGGAUUGCAAAUUCGAAGACAAUGUGCAUCAACAGCGAUGAAUGAUGUGAAGAAAUAUCUUAAUGAAGAAGGGGGUCAGGUGGCGGUCUUUGAUGCCACAAACACAACACGGGAACGGAGAGACACCAUCCUAAACUUUGCUGAGCAGAAUGGCUACAAGGUGUUUUUUGUUGAGUCGGUCUGUGAAGAUCCUGAAGUUAUUGAGACAAACAUUGUGCAAGUGAAACUGGGCAGUCCAGACUACAGUGACUGUAACAAUGAUGAAGCAAUAUCUGACUUCCUGAAAAGGAUAGAGUGUUAUCAAAACACUUACCAAACUCUGGAUGAAGUGUCAGAUCGGGAUCUUUCCUUUAUUAAAAUCAUUGAUGUUGGAAGACGGUACCUUGUCAACCACGUACUUGAUCAUAUUCAAAGCAAAAUUGUUUACUACCUCAUGAACAUCCACAUAACUCCUCGAUCAAUCUACCUCUGUCGCCAUGGCGAGAGUGACCUGAAUCUGAAGGGCAGGAUCGGUGGUGACUCGGGACUUUCUUUCCGAGGCAGGCAGUUUGCCAAAUCAUUAGGAAAGUUUAUAGAGGAGCAGAACAUAAGGGACUUAAAGGUCUGGACAAGUCAGAUGAAAAGGACAAUCCAGACUGCGGAAGCCUUAAAGGUGCCUUAUGAGCAGUGGAAAAUAUUGAAUGAAAUUGAUGCGGGUGUCUGUGAGGAAAUGACAUAUGAGGAGAUUCAGAUGAACUACCCAGCUGAAUUUGCACUAAGAGAUCAAGACAAAUGCAGAUAUCGCUACCCAAAGGGUGAGUCUUAUGAAGAUCUGGUACAGCGCCUGGAGCCGGUAAUCAUGGAGCUAGAGAGACAAGAAAAUGUUUUGGUCAUCUGUCACCAGGCUGUCAUGCGUUGUUUGCUGGCGUACUUCCUCGAUAAGACAGCAGAGGAGCUCCCGUACCUGAAGUGCCCACUGCACACUGUCUUAAAGUUGACCCCAGUAGCUUAUGGAUGUAAGGUUGAAUCUAUUUUCCUGAAUAUUGAAGCUGUCAACACACACCGAGAAAGGCCUGAGAAUGUGAAUGUGAAUCGGACUUCGGAGGAUGCACUGAAAACUGUCCCAGCUCAAUACCCAGCUGCUGACUUCGAGUACUGACAAGAUUGAAACUGAGAUCCUUCCUGUGAUUGGGCAGCAAGGGACCCGAUAUACACAGUGUAAUCCGCCUCACUGUUCAGGGUCAGAUACAUUUGAUUUACGAUCACAGAGACGUUGUCUUCAUGUGCCUUCAGAGUUAUUUAACCGGCUCUCUCAGCAGGUUCUGUAUUUGUCUGCUGCUUGAGCUGUGAGGCUUUCAGCUUGUCUUGUGUGCCAGCAAAGCUUAGGUCUUUAUUCGUGCCAUGCUAUCAAUUCUGUUUGUUUUUCUCUUCUUCACACUGAGAUGGAAUUGACACUCUGUAAGAUUGCAGUUUUGGAAUUCAGGGUCUUAAAAGUGAAAUGUAUUUUAGCACAAGCUUCCUAUUAUUGAAUUGAGUGUAGCACUUAGCUGUUAGCUGGGUGUAGCCUUCCCUAAGGCUCAAACUUUCAAAUGAACCUGUUCAGAGAUGACAUUGUACCCCUCUGGAACAGGUGGGACUUGACCUGGGCCUCCUGGUUCAGAGGUUUGAACAGAUGAUGAGGCUUUACAACAUGGUGCAGUGACCUGAACCCAGAGUCCAGCCUGAGCUCACUGCAGCACUGCAGGAGACCCACGCUGUCGGAGGGGGUCAGUGCUGCGGGAGACCCGCGCUGUCGGAGGGGGUCAGCGCUGCGGGAGACCCGCACUGUCGGAGGGGGUCAGCGCUGCGGGAGACCCGCACUGUCGAAGAGACUCAGCGCCGCGGGAGACCCGCACUGUCGGAGAGGGUCAGCGCCGCAGGAGACCCGCACUGUUGGAGGGGGUCGGCACUGGGGAUGUGCCAUCACAGGGUGUGUCUAUUGAAAGAUGAGGAGAUGUUCUUCCCAUGUGCUGUGAUGUUUCAGCAGCUUCUUGACUCAGUCAUGGUUAGCUUAUGGGAUCUUGCUGUGCUGACAUUGAUUGCAGUCUUUACCAACAAUGAUGACAUGGCAUAAAAUAUUCAUUGGUUGUAAUGAGCUUGUGACAGGUGCCAUAUAAAAGAGAACCUUUUGUUAGCAAAGUUUUAAUAAAGUGAACAUGAAGCAUCAGCAGCUUUGUCUGAUAUCAGUUCUGAGAGUUCUUCGCCAAGGCAAAUUGAGUUUCUCUUUGUCAUUCCCAGAACAUAGAACAGAGUGUCCUCUAUUCCUCAGUUCGGACAUCUCUUGGCAAAGAUAAGGAAAAGCACAGAACAAUCAACUCUGUGU